AUGCCUCGUGCCCCCUCUCGACGCUCGGCCAAGUCGCGCGCUGCGUCGUCGUCGUCGCGCGCGACCCGCAGCACGGCGCCGUCGAGCGUCUCGCUCACUCCUCCCCAACGACGCUAUCACGUCAAGGGCGACACUAACGUGGCAAUCAGACUCCGGAAGGGAAUCACUGUCAACAACCACACGGGCGCCUUUGACGACGACGACGACUUCACUGACGAGGACUCGGCCGGCAUCCAGGUCGUCUCGGCCAGUGAGGAAGAGUACAGCACGGGCGAAGAGACCGAGGAAGACGACGAGGAAGAGGAAGAGGAAGACGACGACGACGACGAAGACGAAGACGACGACGACGAAGAAGAAGAGGAAGAGGAAGAGGAAGAAGGCUCCUGGGACUAUAUCGAGGACGAAAUCAACCCUUCAGACUCUGCGUCCCGUCCACGCGCAGUAAAGCACCACUCUGCUCCACACCAUCGUGCCGUCUCCCGUCGUGCCGUUGCUCACCACGCCAUACACCCGCCUGCUAUUGCGGCGCCGCUGCCACCACCGCCACCACCACCGUCAGCGCCACGAAGUCACCGGCCAAAACAUUCUCGCAUAGAGCGAGCGUCUUCGCGCCACGCUGCUCCGGUUCCGGAUCCUCCCUCCCGCCCCGAGAGUCACAGCCGCAGCCGCAGCCGAAGCAAACUGGAGCGCCCACGCAGGCCGCGACGGCAAAGGCCUCAAUCCGUCCACCAGGAGCCUCUCGAAGUCGAGGACGACGAUGACUACCCGUAUGACGCCCCCCCUCGACCAGGCCCACCCCACGGCCACCCAAGCGCUGGCUGGGGCCACAUACCCCAGCAUCCCACCAACGGCUUUGCGCCUAGCAUGAUCUCCGACCCGCGGUAUCAAUACGGAUUCUCAGGCGGCUCGCAAUCCCCUGCAGGCCAACUGGUUCCUUUUGCGCAUGACUCCCAUGCUGCCUAUGCACAAAACCCUUUUGCACCCAAUGGACAGAACCCCUUCACCCAAGGUCCCCCCUCUGCAGCGGAUCCACGGGGCGGCUACUUCCCCGAGUAUCAGGAUCCUCGUCCCCAAGAACAUCGCCCGGGACGCAAAGGCCAUCGCAACUCCAUGCCAGCAGCACCACCGCCAGGAGAAAUGAUGAACUUCUCGCCAUUGGGCUACUAUCCACCCUACGGUUCUCAACAGUAUGGCAUGCCGCCGCAGAUGUAUUCGCCCUACGGACACCCUCCACAUCCAUCCCCGCCCCCACAGUAUCCCCCCUCAAAACGGCAGACACCAAAUCCUCAACAUGAAGAGGAGCGUCACGCCUCUCCACCUGUCCAUACACCUGCUCAUACGCCUGCUCCUCCCCCACCACCGGCACCGGCACCACCACCACCGCCGCCACCAGUGGUAGCAACGCCACCACCACCACCACCGCCACCACCACCGCCAGCCCCGGAGACUCCAGCCAUGCACAUGCAGCUGCAAACUUUGCAGCAGCCAAUACAUCCGGCCCUGGCACAGAUGCCGCAAUUUCAACACCUACAACAACUGGAGCAGAUGCAGCAACUCGUUCAGCUGCAGCAGCAGUUGAUGCCUCUACCCCCGCCUCCGCCUCCGCCUCCAGCCCCAGCGGAGCCAGAUCUGAAAGAGGAGAGCAUGCUCUCAAAGCUCGAGAAGCUAUUGCUUCAUAAAGCUGAAGAGGAGGAGAAGGCGGAGCAGCAGGCUAGGAGAGAUGCCGAACUCGCCAAGUUUACCCGUCUCGAGAACUUGCUCAUUGCACAGCAGGAAGCGAAGAUUGAGAAAGAAAGACUGAAAAAGGAAGCUGCUGAAAAAGCUGCCAUAGCCGCCGAAGAGGCCAAGAAGAAAGGCGACGAGGACAAACUCGCCAAACUUGAACAGCUCAUUCUUGCUCAGAAAGAUGAGCAGUUAAAGCGCGAGGCAGCCGCAGAUGCCGCCCGUGCGGCGGAGAAGGCCGCGGCAGAUGCAGAGGCUGCUAGGAUUGCAGAAGAGAAGCAGGCUGCAGCCGAGUCCGCAAAGAAAAUGCUCGAGGCGGCUCAGAAGGCGCGAGAGGAGGCAGAGGCAAAGGCGGCCGCUGAAGCCGAAGAAACCAAGAAGGCUCACGAGGCAGCCCUUGCCGAGGCCAAGGCGGCUGCAGAGGAACUGGAAAAGGCCAAGCAAGCUGAAGCCGAAGAGAUCAAGAAGGCUCACGAAGCAGCCCUUGCCGAGGCCAAGGCUGCUGCAGAGGAACUGGAAAAGGCCAAGAAAGCUGCUGAAGAGGAGGCUGCUGCUCUCAAACCAUCGGAUGCGCCAAAGCUCCCCAUCAAAUUCAAAGAUGCCGUCGGACGCAAGUUCAGCUUUCCAUGGCAUCUGUGCAAUACAUGGAAGGGUAUGGAGGAACUCAUCAAGCAAGCAUUCCUACACGUCGACGUCAUUGGGCCCCAUGUGCACGAGGGCCAUUAUGAUCUUGUGGGACCAGACGGCGAAAUCAUCCUACCUCAAGUCUGGGAGACCAUGGUUCAACCGGACUGGGCCAUUACCAUGCACAUGUGGCCCAUGCCAGAGCCGCCGCCACCUCCGCCACCAGAACCACCCAAAGAAGAAGCUCUUCCUCCACCACCUCCGCCGCCGCCGCCGGAUGCACAGGUGUUCCUAGCCUCGGAUCUGCCCCUCAAGGGUAAAGUUCCUCCACCUCCACCGGCUGACGGCCAACCCGCGGUUAUUGUUGUGCCUAGUGGCAGUGGCCAUUCCGGAAGCUCGUCGCGGAAAAAGCCUAACCCGUCACCAUUUUUCCGAUGGGCUGCUGGAAGUGCCGGCAAGCGCAGGAAGUAA